CUGUGUACGCGAUUUAAUCCAUUCUAUAACCGGCACCGAUACCAGCAGCAAGACAGAUGCCAGCAGUAAGACUCGCACGGACCGCUCGGCUGCCUGCGCUCGCUCGCUGUUGUCAGCCCGCUUGCCCACUGGAGACGAGGCUCGGCUCCAACAGAAAACUCCUUGAUCCCGGGCACUUUUAUCACCGUCCUGACCUCGUGGGAUGCCUGCCCCUUUUGUGCUUUGUUUCAUUUGCUCCUGAUGGGAAUCCAGCUUCUCUCAUGAUCCGCAGUCAGGCGGAGGCGAGAACCGAGAAGUGAAGCUCCCCAUCCCACACUCUACUCUCCGGGUUCGAGCUAUCUGGGCUCCAGACUGAAGGAUGCGAUAGUUAAAUGCAAGGAAAGCAGCUAUCGUGAGUAUGCUCGUGAGGCGUACAAGCUUUGACUACUGGCUAAUCUCUGUUGCAAAGUAUUCUUGGCUAAAUAUGGAAGAUGAAAGGACGCUCCAGGUAAUAUUAUAGCGCAGUGUUACUAAGAAGGAAAUCAUGGAAUUAUCGGAGGUUAGGUGUUCCAGCGCCAGCGAUGAACUCUAUACCAUUAACAAGACUCCAGGAACUAGACCUAAAAGACUACUUUGGCAAAAUGCUGUUCGGCACAUCACCGAGCAGAGGUUCAUGAACGAGCAAACCAGCGCCAAAACCAUCUCAUCCUCGGAAGACUCAUGGAGCCCCAACAGAAGGAAGCAAUCUGCUGGCAAGACCUCUAUAAGUGGGCAUAACAACGGGAGCACCAAGGUGUUCCCUGAGCGCACCAGCAACGAUCUGGGAUUCCUGCACCUUGACUGCGCUCCCAGUAAUUCCGACUUCUUUCUCAACUGGGGCUACACCUACCGAGGGGUGAUCUUUCCAACUCUGAAGAACUCCUUCAAGUCCCGGGAUUUGGAGCGACUCUACCAGCGCUAUUUCCUGGGUCAGAGGCGCAAGUCGGUGGUGGUGAUGAACAUCCUGGACGUGCUGACUAAACUGACCGUUCUGAUCCUGCACCUGACCUUGGCUUCCACCCCCAUGGACCUAGUCAAAGGCAUCUUGCUGGGACUUUUCACCGGCAUCGAAGUGGUCAUCUGUGCCUUAGUGGUGGUGAAGAAGGACACGACUUCGCACAGUUACCUGCAGUACAGCGGCUUGGUGACUUGGGUUGUCAUGGCCACUCAGAUUCUGGCCACUGGCCUCGGCCACGGACUCUUGGGAGAUGGCAUCGGUUACGUGCUUUUUACGCUUUUUGCCACUUACAGCAUGCUUCCUCUGCCCUUGAUCUGGGCGAUCUUGGCCGGCUUCCUGACCUCCGCCCUUCACGUUGUGGUACAGUUACUCAUUCCCCGAGCUGCAACCCCAACCACCAACCAGGUGAUAGCCCAGUCGGUAUUAUUCAUGUGCAUGAACACGGCUGGGAUAUUUAUCAGUUACCUGGCUGACCGAGCGCAGCGCCAGGCGUUCCUGGAAACCAGGAGAUGUAUAGAAGCCAGACUUCGACUGGAAACCGAGAAUCAGAGGCAGGAGAGGCUGGUUCUUUCAGUUUUGCCACGGUUUGUUGUAUUGGAGAUGAUUAAUGACAUGUCAAAUGUGGAAGAUGAACAUUUACAGCACCAGUUUCAUAAAAUCUACAUACAUCGAUAUGAAAAUGUAAGCAUUCUCUUUGCAGACGUGAAAGGUUUUACCAACCUCUCUACAACCCUGUCUGCACAGGAACUAGUGGGGAUGCUGAAUGAACUGUUUGCAAGAUUUGAUCGGCUUGCACAUGAACAUCACUGUCUUAGAAUUAAGAUCCUGGGAGAUUGCUAUUACUGCGUAUCUGGACUCCCUGAGCCACGUCAAGACCAUGCACACUGCUGUGUUGAAAUGGGCCUUAGCAUGAUCAAGACAAUAAGAUAUGUGAGAGUACAUACAAAACAUGAGAUUGACAUGCGUAUAGGUAUCCACUCUGGAUCUGUACUUUGUGGAGUGCUCGGGCUUCGGAAAUGGCAAUUUGACGUCUGGUCCUGGGAUGUUGAUAUUGCAAACAAACUGGAGUCUGGUGGAAUCCCUGGGAGGAUUCACAUUUCCAAGGCAACACUAGAUUGUCUAAAUGAUGAUUAUGAGGUGGAAGAAGGGCACGGAAAAGAGAGAAAUGAGUUUCUGAGAAAACAUAACAUUGAAACAUAUCUGAUAAAACAGCCAGAAGAAAGCCUACUAACUCUUCCUGAAGACAUUAUGAAAGAAUCCAGUACAUCCUGUGACACAAAAAAUACCACUGCAACAUUUACCGAAGGUUCCUGGAGUCCCGAGCUUCCUUUUGAUAAUAUUGUUGGAAAACAGAACACUCUGGCUGCCCUAACAAGAAAUUCAAUAAACCUGCUUCCAAACCACCUUGCACAAGCUUUGCAUGUCCAGUCUGGGCCUGAGGAAAUUAACAAGCGAAUAGAACAUACCAUCGACUUAAGGAGUGGGGAUAAGUUAAGAAGAGAGCAUAUCAAGCCUUUCUCACUGAUGUUUAAAGACUCCAGCCUGGAGGAAAAGUAUUCACAGAUGCGAGAUGAAGUUUUCAAGUCAAAUCUGGUGUGUGCUUUUAUUGUUCUAAUAUUUAUCACAGCAAUACAAAGUUUACUUCCUAUAUCAAGAAUGAUGCCAAUGGUGAUCCAGUUUACCAUUUUGAUCAUGUUGCACGCUGCACUGGUAUUAAUUACUACUGCAGAGGAUUAUAAAUGUCUGCCUUUAGUUCUUCGGAAAUCAUGCUGCUGGAUCAACGAAACUCAUUUCGCAAGGAAUGUCAUCAUAUUUGCCUCCAUUAUGAUAAACUUCCUUGGUGCUAUAAUAAAUAUAUUUUGGUGUGACUCUGAUAAAUCAACAACUGAUAAGAACCAAACAUUCAACUCCACUGCCAAGUGUACAGAUAUAUGCUUCUAUCCUGAGUAUUUUGUGUUUACUGGAGUGCUAGCGAUGGUGACCUGUGCAGUGUUUCUCCGUCUGAAUUCCAUCUUGAAACUUGCUGUUUUACUGAUAAUGAUUGCAGUUUACUCACUGCUGACUGAAACCAUCUACAGCUCGCUCUUUGUUAGAUAUGACAACUUCUAUCACAGUGGAGACAGAGACUUCUUAGGCACGAAGGAAACUUCGCUGCUACUCAUGGCAAUGUUCCUUUUGGCUGUAUUUUAUCAUGGACAACAGCUGGAAUACACAGCGAGACUGGAUUUCCUUUGGCGUGUUCAAGCAAAAGAGGAAGUUAAUGAAAUGAAAGAGCUUCGAGAACAUAAUGAGAAUAUGCUCCGGAAUAUUCUACCAAGUCAUGUUGCACGUCAUUUCUUGGAAAAGGAAAGAGACAAUGAUGAGCUUUAUUCACAGUCUUACGAGUCUGUGGCUGUGAUGUUUGCCUCAAUUCCAGGAUUUGCAGACUUCUAUUCCCAAACUGAAAUGAAUAACCAAGGAGUAGAAUGUUUACGUUUGCUAAAUGAAAUAAUAGCGGAUUUUGAUGAGUUGUUGGGUGAAGAGCGAUUUCAAGACAUUGAAAAAAUUAAAACUAUUGGAAGUACUUAUAUGGCUGUGUCUGGAUUGUCUCCUGAAAAGCAGCAAUGUGAAGAGAAAUGGGGCCAUCUGUGUGCUCUGGCAGACUUUACCAUUGCUUUAAAUGAAAGCAUACAAGAAAUAAACAAACAUUCCUUCAAUAACUUUGAACUUCGGGUUGGUAUUAGCCAUGGCUCAGUCGUUGCAGGGGUUAUUGGCGCUAAGAAACCUCAAUAUGACAUCUGGGGUAAAACUGUAAAUUUAGCAAGCCGCAUGGACAGCACAGGCAUUAGUGGCAAAAUUCAAGUGCCUGAAGAUACGUAUCUUAUCCUGAAGGACAAAGGAUUUGCCUUUGAGUACAGAGGUGAGAUAUAUGUCAAAGGGAUAAGUGAACAAGAAGGGAAGAUUAAAACAUAUUUUCUUCUGGGAAGAGUGCAGCCAAAUCCACUUAUCAUGCAACCAAGAAAGCUAACCAGUCAAUACUCAUUAGCUGUUGUUGUCCUUGGACUUGUACAGUCAUUAAAUAGACAAAAACAGAAACAAAUUCUGAAUGAAAAUAACAACUCUGGCAUAAUUAAGGGACACUACAACAGAAGGACAUUACUUACUUCCAAUAUACCUGAGACAGUGCCACAAGUUGAAGGCUCAGAAAAAACUGAAAUGCCAUGA